AUGAACAACGAUGUUGACCUUCGCCUCGGAAAAGAAACGCCUUUGGCCGCUUCCUUCCCUCUACCCUUCCGCGCACUCUCGCUCAUAGGCAUCGGCAUCCUUGGAUGGGCCACCAACUUACACGUCACGCAUCUUCUCGGAAUAGACGCGGCGAGCAUCCUCGACCUCGCGCUCGGGGGGGCAGGCGGGCUACGCACACCGCUGCCCACCGACCGCACUCAUGUCCAUUCUCGGGUGCACGACCGGUACGCUACUGGGACGUACAAAGCACCAUAUCGGCUCUUUGUAUCCUAUGCGACAUGGUGUACGGCGACGUGGCUUCUUUUUCGGGUGGCUACACGAGGGGAAAUCGAGUCUGUCGACCGCUUCAAGUACAUCCCUGCCGUCGCGUGCCUCGGGGUGAUAGGCGUGUUGGUGUCGCCUUUCAAUGUACUGUACAAGCGGGAGAGGGACGCAUUUCUACUAGCCAUCCGCCGAUGUAUAUUCCCCCAACCCAACCGAAUGACACACUUCUGCGACGUUGUUCUGGCCGAUAUCUUCACGUCAUACGCGAAGGUUAUUGGAGACGUCUGGCUAUCGGUGUGCAUGUUAUUACCCGGUGGAAGCCUACUCCGUAUGCCGUCGAUGGACGGUCUGGAAUGGCUGAUAUUGCCCACAUUAAUGAGCCUACCGUAUGUUAUACGAUUCCGGCAGUGCAUGAUAGACUACAUGUGCCCGAUCAACGAAAGCCGUCGGCCGCUCUAUAAUGCGAUCAAGUAUGCCACAGCGUUUCCGCUUAUUUUCUUGUCCGCGGCGCAACGCAUCGUUGUGUCGGAGUUGGUGGCUGAGAAAGGGGAUGUUGCAAUGCGAGAGCCGUGGCAUGGAGAGCACCAGCUAUUCCGACUAUGGUUGUUGAGUGCGGCCGUGAACUCGCUAUACUCGUUCUGGUGGGACUUGACGAACGAUUGGGGCCUGGAUCUGCUGAAGCCGAAGUCAUCCCUGCACGAGAGGCGUAUAUCGCUCCCUCGCUCCCUCCUUCUCCCGACCUUACAUUCAGGUAGAGCAUCCGGCUCGCUCGAUUCCACCCUUUCUGGAGAGAAACCUUCGCUUGCGCAAGCUCAUACAAACGGGCACGUGCCUUCCUAUCCCUGGGGUCUUCGGCGAACGCUCCUAUAUCCCCUUCCCGUAUACCCCUUGGUGGUGUUCUUCAACCUCAUCCUCAGGAUGACAUGGUCGAUGAAGCUAUCAAGUCAUCUCCAUAGCAGUUCUGAAGGAAGCGUUGUCAUAUUCUGGAUCGAGGUGGCCGAGAUCUUCAGGCGGUGGAUGUGGGUGUUCCUGAGGAUAGAGUGGGAGGUGAUCAAGAAAAGCGAAGGGCUCGCGAGCAGGGGCGCGGAGAGCCCCCGGACCGCCGUCGACUUCGAGGCUGAGGAUUAUGAGUUGGUGGAUGGCCGGGAAGCUGUAGAGGCGCGCGACGCGCAUUCGUAA